AUGUCAUCACCGACCGCAAGAGUUAUUAGGGAAAAUGCUUUGGUCUCUAUUCCUGUAAAUACUCUAGUACCUGGAGAUAUAAUAGUAAUAGAAGAAGGAGAUGUAAUUAGUGCGGAUGCUCAAUUAUUUGAAUGUUUUAAUUUAGAGGUUAACGAAGCUUUACUGACUGGUGAUUCUGCUCCCGUUGCAAAGUCGUAA